UGUAGUGCCAAAGACAGCCAGUGGGUGGCGCUGUAGAAAGACGACGCCACCUCCGCCGUGCUUUUACUGUGAAGGCGCCGCGAGCCUGCCCCGCGCGAGUCCUUCGCGGCGGUAGUUGAGGUCAGCCGGCGGACCGGCAACUCCCUGCGUGAAGGAGACUCCAAGUCCGAUCACGAUGGCGACGAGGUUAAAGCAUCUGUCAAGACAUGGAUAGGCCGCCACAAUGACGCAUGAGACCCUCACGAGUGCCCAGCUCUCCGUCAAGGCUGCGGCCCUGCGCAUGGUCGACCUGCCGCUCUCCGUCUAUGGCUCUCUGGCACAGGUGAGCGUCAGCCCCGGCACUAAGAAACUAGUAGCCGCCACCGCGUUCUGCGCCUUCUCGCUCUUCUUCCUCGCCCGCCGCUUCCAGCGGAGGAAGGGCAAGAAGAAGGCCAUUUCUCCGGAGUGGGAGCCUGCCGUCUUCCAGCUCUUCUCCACAGUAGAGAACGACAAUACCAGUCAACAGAUCACACUUUCUCUCAACUCCAAGAGUGCUUCUGGCUUGGGCCUUGACUCGGCCGAUCACAAGGACUUGUCCGGGUCUCUUCAGAGUCUGGCCUCGCUGAAGAGCGUCGACUCGUCCAGCAGCAGCACGUGUGCCGACGGUUCCACCUGCUGGGACCGGCCAAGUGAUGGCGACCUUUGCAGUGUGGUCAACCUGCCCAUCACCACGCCCGAAAACCUCUACCUGAUGGGGAUGGAUUUGUUCGAGGAGGCUCUGCGGCGGUGGGAGGAGGCGCUGACGUUCAGGUGCAAACAGAUGGAGGAUGACGUGAGCUGCGCCUCCAUGAAGUCCGGAGGGGAGGAGAUCGUGGAGCAGAACAUGGAGGUACAGGAAGCGAUCAGCGCCGAGUUCCUGCACCGACUCAAGUCUCUGCUGCAGAGAGCCUAUCGCCUCCAGGAGGAGUUCGAGGGAGUGAUUGGGGCGUCGGAGUCUUCGUCCAGCACCAACAGUCAGGGUGGGUUGAGCAGGGAAGAGCUGGACGACGUUUGCAUCAGAGACAGCAUCAGCAUCGCCUCCAACGACUCGUUCGUCUCGGCCGCCGAGACGGAGCACAGAGGGAUCCGGACCUCCUUCAGUCUGGGUCACCACCCGUUCUACGAGGAGGCGCUGCCGAUGGCGGAGGAGGGAAAGAUCUCCUGCCGUGUGCUGAGGACGGAGAUGCUGGACUGCUACGGUGACGUGGACUUCCUGGCCAAGCUGCACUGUGUCAGACAAGCCUGUCAGCUGAUUCUGUGCGAGCGGACGACAAGGGCGUUUCUAGCUGAGACUGGCAAGAAAAUUCUCUCCUCCAUUAUCGUGAAAGCCAAAAAGAGCCCAAAGAAAUUCGAGGAGGUGUUUGAGGAGAUGAUUUCCUUCGUGGAGCAAACCGAGCACUGGGAGAACACAGAGUUGGAACUCGCCACCCGAGGAGUGAAACACUUGAACUUCUACGACAUCGUGCUGGACUUCAUACUGAUGGACUCGUUCGAGGAUCUGGAGAACCCUCCAGUCUCCAUCCAGAGCGUCAUCAACAAUCGCUGGCUUAACAGCUCCUUUAAGGAGACGGCGGUGGCGUCCCGUUGCUGGUCCGUCUUGAAGCACAAGAGGCAGCAUAUGAAGGUGAGCGACGGCUUCAUCGCACGCUUCUACACUCUGUGCGAGCACAUCAGUCCAGUCCUGGCUUGGGGCUUCCUUGGACCAAAGAGCUCGCUGCACGAAUUCUGCUGCUUCUUUAAGGAUCAAGUCCUGCACUUCCUGAAGGACAUUUUCGACCUGGAGAAGGUUCGCUACUCGUCCGUGGAGGCCCUGGCUGAGGACAUGCUCCACCUGCUGCACCGGCGCUCCGAGCUGCUGCUGGCGUACAUCAGCGCUGACUCGCCCUGCAGCAUGACCGGGUGCAGCGCCGCACAGGCCCAGGUGAUGCCUGGCGCCGCCCUGCUGGAGGCCCGUGUGCAGUGAGACGGGAACUAGAGUGGGAACACAGACGGCGACUCAUCUGCCUUCACUCUGGAUCACAUGGUCACCGUGCCAUACAUGUGCAUGCUACUGUGUCGUCGAUGUAACGCAGCAAUAACUCGUGUUCCAACAGUAUUUAUUUUACUACAAAGCUCUUUAUUUUUAGAGUCGCCGUGGAAGUGCGUUUCACCGUCAGUGUGGUAGUUUAGAUGUUCGUGUCGACAUCAACAAUGCAAAGCUUGAUCACCGAGCGGCUUUUAAACAUGUAAAUACGGAGGUGGGGAAAAAAAGGGACCUUUACUUUGCAGGGUGAGAUUUUUGUCAAGCCUUAUCUGACGGCACUAUUCAAGAGGCAUUUAGAAACAGUUCACGUGAAAGGUUGUAGUUAAGACGCUCAUUCAGAAAUUUAGGAACUACAACUGUCACACACUAAUGAACUUGGAUUCAUAUCACCGUUGACCAUCAAUAAAAUGUCGAGAAAUGA